CUCACUCUCUCAGACUCACUCCAAACCAACAGAUGAUAAUUGGACUCUGUCGUUUCAGUGCAUACUGCAUAGAUCUAUAGUCCAGUUUCCUCAAAUUCCCAAAUCCAGCCCUAACCUAGUUCUUGAAAAGAAUUCUCCAUGGCCACCACUGAAGAGCCAGUUCUCGUCACUGAGCCUGAGGCAGAGCAGCCGGUCACCGAGGAGCCUGCCAAGGAAGAAAAUCCUCCGCCUAAAGCCACCAAAUCCAAGAAAGCCGCCGCUCCCAAAGAACCCAAGACGAAAAAGGUCCCUGCGCCCAGAAAGAGGAAUGCACCUACUCACCCCCCUUACUUCGAGAUGAUUCAGGAGGCGAUCGUUACUCUGAAGGAUAGGACGGGAUCGAGUCAAUAUGCCAUUACGAAGUUUAUUGAGGAUAAGCAGAAGAAUCUGCCACCCAAUUUCAGGAAGCUUUUGCUUGUUCAGUUGAAGAAGCUGGUUGCCAAUGGUAAGCUUGUCAAAGUCAAGAGUUCGUUCAAGCUGCCAUCUGCCCGUUCUUCCAAACCUGCAGCUGCUGCUGCUGCUUCGCCGGCUAAGAAGAAGUCGGUUCCUGCGGCGAAGCCGAAGCCGAAGCCCAAGGCUGCUGUUAGCAAGGAUAAGAAGGCAACCGUCUCAAAAGCCAAGCCGAAAGCUAAGGCGGCCGCCGCUAAACCUAAGGCGUCCGCCGCUGCGAAACCUAAGCCCGCGGCGAAGGCGAAGCCAGCUGCCAAAACUAAGCCGGCUGCUAAGGCAAAGGCUGUGGCUCCUGCUAAGGCCAAGGCGGCGCCGAAGAGGAAGGCUCCAGAAAAGCCAAAGGCAGAGAAGAAACCGCCAGCUAAAGCAGCAAAGACGUCGACGAGGUCAACUCCAGCAAGGAAGGCGGCGGCGACGGCGGCGGCAAAGAAAGCUCCCGCGACGAAGAAGGCGACACCCGCCAAGAAGCCUGCGGCGAAGAGCGUUAAGCCAAAAACGGUUAAGUCUCCGGCGAAGAAGGCUGGGGCGAAGAAGGGGAGGAAGUAGUGAUGAGAGGGGUUUUUUUGGGGAAUGAUGUUUGUUUGUAGGGAUAGAAUUGUAAAUUAAGGAUGGGUCUUUUAUGGGUGUAGACUGUAUUCGCUUUUAAUGCCCACAAAGUAUGAUAGAAUCGGAUUCUUUUUCUUUCUUCUUUUCUCUUUUUUUCACCUUUC